AUGUCCAAACAAGACGCGACCACUUCAACAAAUACUUCAGGAGCCUCAAUUAGCAUGCCAAUGGAGCGUUCCAACUUUAAGAAGGCUCCAAAGGGGCCAAGAUUCUGGGCCAUCUUGUUCGUCCUCGCUUUGGCAGGCCUCCUGACAGCCUCGGAAGCGACUAUCACAUCCACGGUUUUACCAGUCAUUGUUCGCAAAUUGGGCGGAGGCGAUAACUACAUCUGGGCUGCGAAUGGAUAUUUCUUGACUAUAUCCAUCGACAUGGCCAUGCUCAUCAGCGGUCGGGUUUUGCAAGGCAUUGGGGCGUCCGGCGUCAGUGUCUUAACCGAAACAGUCAUUUGCGACUUGGUUCCUCUCAGGGAGAGAGGGACUUACAUGGCUGUUGUGUUUGGCAUGAUCUCGUUGGGGACUUCGCUCGGCCCUUUGUUCGGAGGACUCAUUGUUAGCAACGGGAGCUGGCGCUGGGCUUUCUAUCUCGCCUUGCCCAUUGGUGGCCCGGCGCUUGUGCUGCUGGUUGCCUUCUUGCACGUCAAUUACGACAAGUCGAAUUCUCUGGCGACCAAGCUCGGGAACCUCGACUGGCUGGGUAAUGUCGUCUUCAUUGGAGCUUCGAGCUCUAUGUUGAUCGCUCUUGGUUGGGCUGGCGCCGAAUACCCGUGGUCCUCGUUUCGUGUCAUCCUGCCUCUUGUUAUCGGCAUCGUUGCCUUCGCAGGCUUCAUUAUGCUAGAGGGCUCUCGGUUUAUCUCCAAUCCAAUGAUGCCCCUCCACCUCUUCACUAACCAAAUAUCGGCUGUCACUUUCGCACUCACGUUCCUCCACGGCGUCGCCACGAUGUGGGCAUUCUAUUUCCUCCCAGUCUACUUCCAAGGCGUGCUCGGCGCAACGCCGUAUCGAUCGGGAAUCAUGCUGCUGCCGAGCAUCCUCGCCAUAAUACCCUUCGCAAUCAUAGGAGGCCUGCUCCUCACCAAGGUCGGCCGAUACAAACCCAUAUUAGUGGUGGCGUUCGCUCUCAUAGUAAUCGGAUUUGGUCUGUUCUCGCUUCUGGAUGAGACCUCCAGCGUCGGCGCUUGGGUAGGCUUUCAGAUCAUUGAGUCUGCCGGCGCCGGCUUGGCCAUACCGACAUUACUUCCUGCUCUGCUGGCACCGCUGACAGAUAAGGAUACUGCGCUCGCAACAGGCACGUGGGCUUUCAUGCGCAGCUUCGGCGUGACUUGGGGCAUCGCCAUUGCAGGAGUCAUCUUUGGCAGCCGAGCCGAACAGUUGGCGGCCUCGGGUGCGAUAACCGAUCCCGCGGCGGCUGCAGAAUUCCUGGACGGCGGGGCAUAUAAGCACGCCACGGCUGAUUUCUUGAAUUCGCUUUUGGUAGAAACACGCGCCGAGGUCGUCGCGGUCCAGAAUAGCAGCCUGAGGAGAUCGUGGCAGGUCGCUAUCGCCUUCGCCGCUGUAGGGUUUCUCCUUUCUGUUGUUAUCAAGGAGGUGCCACUGAGAAAAGAGCUCGAUAGUGAGUUCGGCAUGGAGGAGAAAAGGGACAAGGAUGACAACUCGGUGACUGUGCCGUGA